GACACAUAAUUUCCUUUCCUCCAAACCUCCCACUUCAUCAAAAACCCCUCUUCUCUCUCCCCAAAACCCUCAUCUACUCUCUCUCUAAACUCUCUCUCUAGAAAUCACCAAAUGGCUAAUCAAGCUGCGAUGUCGUUUCUCUCCAACAUAGCCCGCGCCGCCUUCGGCCUCGGCGUCGCCGCCAGCGCCCUUAACGCCUCUCUCUACACCGUCGACGGCGGCCAGCGCGCCGUCCUCAUGGACCGUCUCCGAGGAGUCCUCGACGUCCCCGUCGGCGAAGGCACUCACUUUCUCAUCCCCUUCCUUCAAACCCCUAACAUCUUCGAUAUCCGCACCAAGCCCCACACUUUCUCCUCCGUCUCCGGCACCAAAGAUCUCCAAAUGGUUAAUCUCACUCUUCGGGUCUUAUCGAGACCCUUGGAGUCCAAAUUGCCUACAAUUUACAAGGAAUUAGGUCUCGAGUAUGACGAGAAAGUGCUUCCUUCUAUUGGAAAUGAGAUUUUGAAGUCAGUUGUGGCGCAAUUCAAUGCGGAUCAGUUGUUGACUGAGAGGCCUAAGGUGUCUGCGCUCGUGCGCGAUAGUUUGACUACUAGGGCUAAGGAUUUUAAUAUUGUGCUCGAUGAUGUGGCGAUUACGCAUUUGUCUUAUGGUAAUGAGUUCUCCAAGGCGGUUGAGCAGAAGCAGGUGGCGCAGCAGGAGGCCGAGAGGUCUAAGUAUGUUGUGGCAAAAGCGGAACAGGAGAGGAGGGCGGCGAUUAUUAGGGCAGAAGGUGAGAGUGAGAGUGCUAAGCUGAUUUCCGAUGCGACCAAAGAGUCUGGGAUGGGGUUGAUUGAGCUGAGGAAGAUUGAAGCGCAGAGGGAGAUUGCUGCCACCAUGGCGAGGAAUCCUAAUGUGGCCUACUUGCCAAAUGGGAACAGCAAUUUGCUUCUUGGUCUCAAUGCUGCUGGUCGUUGAUUGUGAUGGAAUGCAUGGGUGGCGCGGCUAUAAUAAAGUGUUCUUGAAGCGUGAUAUAUGCAUGUGAUGGUUGUUGUUGCCUUCAACUUCUCAAUGAGUCUAAUAUAUGGAGUACUAAUUUAUUAGGAAGGAACAGUGUUUCAUGGAUUUACCUUGUAAUGCAAAUAUAUAUUACUGCCUUGCAGUUAAAUGAUGUCUCUUGUGUUUGCUUGCAGGCAGAAAUUCUUAAAAUAUGUUAUUGAUUUAUCACUCUGUUUAUUAUUCA